GUAGGCUACUGGUUUGAGAGGUUGUGAUCUCUACUAUGGACGAAAUAUAGGCUUGAGGUUCGACUGAAAUAUAUUUAUUUUAGACUGAGGCGUAAUUUCAGACUUUUUACGCUGGGCAGGACCUUGUGUCAGAGUGCAUCAUCAGAACAGUGUAUAAUAUUCGUCAGUCCAAUUAGUCAGUGAUCAAAUCAAGACUGAGUUUUCCGGUAGCCCAGCUGACGAAGAUGUAGGCCUAACUUUCUUGUGUUAGGUUUAUUGGACUUCUUUUUCUGACGCUGUAAUGUCGACGGGAUCAGUUGAACAACCUUGCCCCAGCGAUGAGGCAUCAAGCGCAAGUCCGAGUGAACAGACGUGUGUGUGGAAAUGGAAGCUCCAGCACGUGAAGGGAGAUCUGUUCUCCUGUCCCGCGGACGAGUCCCUUGCCCACUGCAUCAGUGAGGACUGCCGCAUGGGAGCUGGCAUCGCCGUCCUCUUCAAGAAGAAGUUUGGAGGGGUGGAUGACCUUAAAGCCCAGAAGAAACUGACAGGAGAGUGUGCUGUGCUGAAGAGAUCUCAGCGAUAUGUGUACUAUCUGAUUACUAAGAAAAAGUACAACCACAAGCCCACCUAUGACAGCCUGAGAAAGAGUCUGCUUGCCAUGAAAGCUCACUGUUUGGCAAAUGGAGUUACAAGAGUAUCUAUGCCAAGGAUUGGAUGUGGUUUGGAUGGGCUGAAAUGGGACAAGGUGGUAGUGAUGAUUGAGGAGAUCUUCCAUGAUGCAGAUAUGUGUAUCACAGUAUAUACUCUUUGAGAAAUACAUGCUACAGGGACCAUGCUCCUGUGUGGUCAAGAGGCUCCUCUUCUUGGUGUUGGGCUCCUUACCUUGCAUUUUUAUUACUGGCUGCACUACCUCAAAGAUGUGUUUAUUUGUGACCUUUCGUUAGGCAAUAAUCUUGCUGUAUUCAUAAGGGCAUGCCUGUGUUGAAGGGUCCAUAAAUCAAGGCAUGACUCAUAACAACUUUUUUCCAUUCCACAAUGAUACUGACUCUUCUGAGGUCAGUUCCUCAGUGUUUGGAGUAUUUUUGAAACAUUACUUACUUUAUGUCUGAAUAUAAUUCAACUUCUGUUGCAUUUGGGAACAGACUGUUAUUGGAGUCAAAAGAUCACCUAAAGUAAACCGUCAUAUUGUAAAGUUGUUUAUAUUAAAAACAGAUACCAACCUUUAAGUCUGAGU